AUGGCUGCAACUGCAACUCCUAGCAUGCACAUUGCAGCAAAACUGUGCAUUUCUGCUUCUUCCAAAGUUUCCAAGUCUAGUAUUGCUAGUUUUGGUACUAAAGCUAGAGGGGCAUCUUGGACAAGGCUUAAAAGCUCUUCUCACAUUUCGUCAACACAGCCAUUGUUCCAGAGUUUCACUUCCACUCCUGCGAAAUUUGAAAAGGUUGUAACAAAAGCAAUGUCUGAAACAAGUGAGGAUAAGCCUUUGUCAGGCUUGCCUAUUGAUUUGAGAGGUAAGAGGGCAUUUAUUGCUGGUAUAGCUGAUGAUAACGGAUAUGGAUGGGCAAUAGCAAAAUCUCUUGCGGCUGCAGGUGCUGAAAUUCUCAUCGGUACAUGGGUACCUGCACUGAACAUUUUUGAGAGCAGUUUACGACGUGGGAAAUUUGAUGAGUCACGCGUGUUACCUGAUGGUUCUUUGAUGGAAAUUACAAAAGUCUAUCCACUGGAUGCAGUUUUUGACAGUCCUGAGGAUGUGCCUGAAGAUGUAAAAGCAAACAAGCGCUAUGCAGGGGCUUCAAAUUGGACUGUUAAGGAAGUUGCUGAAUCUGUGAAACAAGAUUUUGGCAGCAUUGACAUCCUUGUGCACUCACUUGCCAAUGGGCCUGAGAUAUGGCGGAGGCAUGAGUUCUGCAAAAGCUUCUCUGGAGAGUGA